CUAUAGAACCCUUGUUUUCCUCAUCAUCUACACUGCCACAAAGACUGCAAUCCUUCUUCACUCACUCUUCAAUGGCGACUGCCAAUAUUUUCCUCCUCCAAUUGCUUCUACUCGCCCUUGUUGGUAGCUCUCUACUAAUUAAAGGGAUAGUCUCCCAAGAUGAUCGAAAGGCCUUCAUUGUGUACAUGGGCAACCGGCUCAAAAAUGACGUUUCCACAUCGUCACCUCAACACAUUAACAUGCUCCAGGAAAUCACUAGCAGCGAUGUUCCCUCAAAGCAUCUGCUCCACAGCUAUAAAAGGAGCUUCAAUGGAUUUGCAGCGAUGUUAACCGAAGAGGAAGCGAAGAAGAUGGCUGGACUGGAGGGCGUGGUGUCCGUGUUCCCCAAUCGGAAGAAUAAGCUCCACACCACAAAAUCAUGGGACUUCAUGGGCUUCUCACGACAAGUGGAUCGAUCGAUAACUGAAGGUGACCUCAUCGUCGGAAUGCUCGACAGUGGCAUAUGGCCGGAAUCGGAGAGUUUCAGUGAUCGAGGGCUGGGCCCGCCGCCGAGCCAUUGGAAGGGCACUUGUCAAAGUUCAUCCGAUUUCACCUGCAACAACAAGGUUAUUGGGGCGAAAUACUACCGAAUAGAUGGCAAAUUUGGUCCGAUCGAUCGCCGAUCCCCGAGAGACUCCACUGGCCACGGGUCGCACACGGCGUCGACGGUAGCCGGAGAUGAAGUAAGCAUGGCCAACCUAUACGGCCUGGCUCAAGGCACAGCUCGCGGUGGAGUUCCAUCGGCCCGCAUUGCAGUGUACAAAGUGUGUUGGUCCGAUGGUUGCUAUGACGCCGACAUCCUUGCCGCGUUCGACGACGCGAUCGCUGAUGGAGUCCACAUCAUUUCCAUCUCGAUCGGGUUCUCCUUGGCUAGAGACUAUUUGAGGGAUUCGAUUGCGAUAGGAGCUUUUCAUGCCAUGCAAAACAGAAUACUCACAUCAACUUCUGCAGGCAAUAGCGGAUCCAGGUUUAACUCCAUCACUAACUUCUCUCCAUGGUCUCUCUCGGUCGCUGCAAGUACCAUCGACAGGAAGUUCUUCACUCAAGUGCUAUUGGGCAAUAAGAAGACUUACGAGGGAAUCUCCAUAAACACCUUUGAUCUCGAAAGUAAGAUGUAUCCAUUGAUUUAUGGAGGCCAUGCUCCCGAUGUCUCUACUGGAUUCGAUGCAUCCAUAUCCAGAAAAUGCUCUCCGGGAACAUUGGACCCCAACUUGGUGAAGGGCAAAAUUGUGUUCUGUGAUGCUCUUGAGAAUAGAGGACCAUUCUUUGCUGGUGCUAUUGGUGCUUUGCUGCAAGACUAUGGACCCAAAGACACUGCCAACUCUUUCCCCAUACCCACAUCUUACCUAGACCCAAAGGCCGGCAACGAUAUCUACUUGUACAUGAGCAACACCAGCGGCCCAAUGGCGACCAUAUGCAAGAGCUAUGAGGGACCCAAUGAGCUUGCGCCCUACGUGGUGUCCUUUUCAUCAAGGGGUCCAAACUCAGUUACACCUGAUAUUCUUACGCCAGAUUUGGCAGCCCCAGGUGUUCAUAUUUUGGCUGCAUGGUCUUUGGACAAUCCGGUUUCGCAGGUUGACGGAGAUGUCAGAUAUGUACCCUACAACAUUAUAUCAGGGACGUCAAUGGCAUGUCCACAUGUAACUGCAAUCGCGGCUUACAUUAAGUCAUUCCGCCCCUCAUGGUCUCCUGCAGCGAUUAAGUCUGCUCUUAUGACCACUGCUCUUCCCAUGAGUGCGGAGAUCAACUCUGAAGCCGAAUUCGCUUACGGGGCAGGCCAACUUAAUCCCGUUCAAUCGCUACAUCCCGGCUUGUUGUACGAUGCCAAUGAAACUGAUUAUGUCAACUUCUUAUGCGGACAGAAUUACAGCACGGAAAAAUUGCGACUGGUCACAGGUGAUGACAGCACUUGCUCGGGAUCAAACAAUGGAACAGCAGCUUGGGACCUGAAUUAUCCAUCAUUUGCACUUUGUACUGCAACGAAGGCCUUUAACCGCACCUUUACGAGGAUCGUGACAAAUGUCGGGUCACCUACAUCAAGGUACACCUCUGUUAUUGAAGCUCCACAUGGGAUCGAUAUCAAAGUUAUACCCAGUGACUUGUCCUUCUCAAGUCUUGGACAGAAACUGGCUUUCAGGGUAAUUGUUGAAGGGAAGUUGGACAAAGACAUCCUUUCUGCUUCUCUAACAUGGGCUGAUGGGAAUUAUCAAGUAAGAAGCCCCAUUGUCGCAUUCUCUCGUCAAAUAAUUAUACAGUGAUCUUGAACCUUGUCAUGUAAUUGCAAUCGAACGUUCGAUGCUCCACAAAAAUAAGAGGUAAGAAUAUGAUCAGUG